GCCUCGGGCAAGGCUGCAUUCUCCAAGCCGCGAUGGUUGGCCCAGCUGCAUCCGAGGCGGGCGAUUUCCAUCGCUUGCCUCUCGCGGGCGCAGCCUUUCGCUUCAUCCCUUGCAUGUUUGUCCUUUUCAUGUGGCUUGGCCGCAUGGACAUGUGCCAAUCAACAAGGAAUCGUUUGUCCCUCUCACAUCACCGGACAGCCACUACGUUUCGCUGCCACGUCAGCUCAGCCCGACCCUAUUUACGGGAACCGCCUCUGCCCAGACGAAGAGCCGCAAACUGUCUAUUGUUGGAAGCCGCAUACGUUCCGUGGGUGAGCUUUGUUAUUUCGAUCCAGCGACUUCAUGCUAAUCAGUAUGACAUUGCGAAGGGUUAUAAACCGGCGCAGCCUCGAUAGCUAGCCUGAGAGCCACAUACGAGCCUUGGAUGGAUAUAUUAAUAUAAGGAUACGUUGCUGAGGUAGUUAAUAGUUUCUCUACAACCCUAUCUAUCUUUCUGCCCUCCUCCAACACCAAAGUGCAAAAGAAAACAUGAACACAAAAUACCUCGCGCCAUCCGAACCAGCAAAUCUGACGUGUGGUUUCUUUCGACCUCAAUUACAGAUGCGAGAUAUACUCUAUCGGAUAUUGUCCUGCUGCGACAGGAGGGCCAAUGCCCGGCUGAAACCACAGCAUCCUGAUACAGAU